AUGUUGCUUACAAGCGUUUUCGGGUCUGUCAGGAUCCGGCUUUUUCCAAUAAAAAAUUUGAGCUACCUGAAGAAUCUUGUAAUUGAGCAAAAAGUGACACAAAAUUUGAACACGUUUCCUGUUUGGCCAUCUAUCUAUCUAUCUAUCUAUCUAUCUAUCUAUCUAUCUAUCUAUCUAUCUAAGUCUGUUCCUAUCUAUCUUAGCUGUCCUAAAGUCAGAGAUUUGUGCCAGGCUAAACUAAAAUUAAUAUCUAUCUAUCUAUCUAUCUAUCUAUCUAUCUAUCUAUCUAUCUAUCUAUCUAUCUAUCUAUCUGUCCAAACCUGUAUGUUUCUGUCCAUAUCUAUCUAUCUAUCUAUCUAUCUAUCUAUCUAUCUAUCUAUCUAUCUAUCUAUUUGUCCAAACCUGUCUGUUUCUGUCCAUAUCUAUCUAUCUAUCUAUCUAUCUAUCUAUCUAUCUAUCUAUCUAUCUAUCUUAAUAGCAAAACUAUCAAACCUUCCCCGCCCACCCCCAAAAAGAAAUAGAAAACAAUUACUUACUAAUUACUUACUCUCUCUAGUUGGUAAUGAAAGUUACCGUUCUUCUAUACAAAUAUGA